AUGAUUGGCGGAAUAAAACGGGAAAAAGGCGACGAAUGGAUGUCUUGUUACUCAAGCCAGGUUUACCCUGUGACAGAGAGUCUGCCAGUAGGCCUGGGGUGCUACCUCUCUACUGAGCCCCACUACCAGACUUGUGGAUCCCUUGAUGAGUCAGUUACUGGGGGUGCCUCAGGGCGCCUUGCUAACUCUCCAAAUGAGCCAAUGGGUGUCAGUCCCCAACCUUCUCAGGAGGGAUGUCCAGACAGAGAUCAAUAUGCGUCAGAGAUACCAGAUCUAAAAUCUGCGUACAGGCGAGGUUUCAGUCACGCCAAACCCCCUUACUCCUACAUAUCCCUCAUCUGCAUGGCCAUCCAGCAGGCCCCUGGGAAAAAGUUGACCUUGAAUGAGAUUUAUGACUGGAUCCGUCAGCUCUUCCCGUACUACAGACAAAACCAGCAGCGCUGGCAGAACUCCAUUCGACACUCUCUCUCUUUCAAUGACUGUUUUGUUCGAGUCCCGCGGUCCCCAGACUCCCCAGGCAAAGGUUCGUUCUGGACUCUGCACCCAGACUCAGGCAAUAUGUUUGAGAAUGGCUGCUACAUGCGCAGACAGAAACGCUUCAGAUGUCAGAGGUCAUCACCGGCUUCACAGUCUGCAACAAAAAACACAACCAAAAAGACGGAGGGAAAGUCAGUAAAAGUGGAAGAGAAGAAGAAAAAGGUGGAGGUCAGAGCUGCUUCAUCUUCUGGUGUCUCCUCCUCAUCCUUUGUUCCUCCUACCACAGCAGCAGCAACAGCACAGCCUCCCAUACCCAUAACCUGCCCUCUCCUUCACGAGCACCCUCCCUCAUCACCUCCUCUCCAUCAUCACACUCUCCCACUGACUCCCUUUCCUCCUCCGUCUAAAGAAACAUCUACGCUUCUGCCCCCUUCCAGUGUCUCCAGUGUGACCCUUCACGCUUUCUCAUCUCCAAACCUGCAGUCUCCCCCCUCCCACCCUCUGGAGCCCUGCAUGCGUCCCGAGCCCUUCUCCCAUCACGCUCUACCCAUCCCCCAUCUCAUGGACCUCCAGCACUACGAAUGUCCAGUGACUUACCAGGGCCACUACCCCUUAAACUCAAACUCAAACUCUCAUCAGUACAACCCUUACCUAGUCCCCAGAGAUGACUCCUCAUACAUGGGCGACUCAGUGUACUACUCUGGACUCAGCAUGUGUUCUGUGCCUAUACUCAGCUCUUCCUGA